UCCCCCUUCCAUAGCCCAGCUAACUAGGAGUAGCACAUCGAUCAGCAAACGAACGUCCGGCAGGCACUCAACACAAAACACAAAUAUGCGUUCAGCUCGCGACCUCCGCCUCGCGGUCUCGGCCCUCCUCCUCCUCCUUCUGCUUUCAGCCGGCGUCCUGGCGGCAAGAGCCCAGCAUGAAAUCGACGAUGAGUCAGAGUUCAGCUACAUCCGCGGGUCGGAGAACGGGCCGGAGAACUGGGGCAAGAUCAAGGAGGAGUGGGCGACGUGUGGCACCGGGCGGAUGCAGUCGCCCAUCGACCUCUCCGACCGCCAUGCCGCACAGGCACCCAACCUCAGGUACCUCAAUCACUCCUACCUGCCUGUAGAUGCCUCCAUCAUCAACCGCGGCCACGACAUCAUGGUCAAGUUCAACGGCGACGCCGGGAGCCUGUGGAUCAACGGCACCGCGUACCACCUCAAGCAAGUCCAUUGGCACUCCCCUAGCGAGCACCGCGUAAACGGCCGCCGGUACAGCCUCGAGCUUCACAUGGUUCACCUCAGUGCCGACAACAAGACUGCUGUGAUCGGCAUCCUCUACAAGAUCGGCAGGCGCGAUCAUUUCCUUCACGAGCUGGAGCCUUACCUGAAGAGGAUAGCAGAUACCAAGGAGAAGGAGGAGAUGGUAGGCAUGGUGGAUCCCUGGGAGGCGAGGGGAGAUGGCGAAGCGUACUACCGGUACAUGGGCUCCCUCACCACGCCGGCGUGCGAUGAGGGGGUCAUCUGGACCGUCAUCAAGAGGGUUGCCACCGUGUCGACUCACCAACUGAAGCUUCUCACCGACGCUGUCCAUGAUGGCUUUGAGAUGAACGCGAGACCCCUUCAGAAGGUGAACGGAAGAGAUAUCAACUUUUUCUGCCCUGAUGAUCACCAUGAGCGCUAUUACGCUGCCGCUGAUCAGUAAUUAGGUUCAAACUUCAGGCAGCCUGAGGGAUAGACAUCAUGCGUGUUAAUUUUUCGGAAACCACGACGAAGAACCAUUGAUUCGAUGGAGCAUUGCAAUGAUGGUGACUCUGCACCAAGCGGAGAUGUUCAUAGUCUCGGCACGUUUGUUAAUUCCAUUGUAAAGUCGAAGUCACAGACAUGUGUCCAAUAAAUAAUUUCAAGCGGAGAUGUUCAUAGUCGUUGUUGUUAGUAUCUUCAAUAAAUAAUUUGAUGACA